AUGGCUCUGGCAAUUAGUGCUGGCUGCAGUUUCUCAUUUUUGGAGGUUGUAGUUGAAUGUGAAGUUGCAGACAAUGGAUCAACUUCUGAGCAAGUGAUUGAUGUAACUUUUAGUCCAAAUAAGCAGACAUUGUAUUUACAUUUGAAGAAAUUUUUCCGUGGCACUCGUUUCACAUAUCAACCUUUUCUCAGAAGUCUACGGGAAAAGCAUAAAGAAGGGGAUAUUGUAUGUGUUAGUGGUAAGAUGGUAGUAAUGUAUACGACUCAAUUUAGCCCCAUUAAGCUGUUAUAA